AUGACGAAGCAGGGACCCUUCCUGCAGACUUGGAUGAUGUGCAGGGCCGUUGAUGCUGUUUGCUGUUUGCUGUUUGUUGUACGGUGGUAUUCAGGCGCAAAUCAGAGGCGCCGGGAGAGUGGGCCGCAUGGGUCCAUGGCACAGAUGAAAAAGGUAUUCAGGAGCAAGAUGUACUUCAGUGACAGCAGGCUUAGCCUGUCUAAGCUGAUGUGGCUCGCAGAUCGGAGGUACCAGUAUUGGCUGUCAGGUCUGACUUUAGUCGACACGGAUAUCGAGGAAGAGGAGCAGUGUGUUUACACGAAGCUGACGACGCUUACGGUGCAGAACUGCAAGGCCUCGCGCAUGGAGGACAAGGAGAUGGUUCUGAGCAAGAUACCGGACAUCCAGACGUUCGAUGAGCAGCUGCAGUAUGUGAUCUUUGGCCGACGCGGUCUGCUCAAGAGGCGCUUGGCCGGACUCGGACUCCUUAGCGCUGCCAAGCGCGUGACGCUGCGCGUGGCCAAGUCCGCUGACUUUCGGUUCUCGCGCGAGCUAAGCGACUCAGAGUCGUCGCUGGUGUCAGAUUCUGCGGGUUCCGAUGAGUGUUGA